CACGCGCGCCCAGAGGCCCAGGUUGUGGGUUUUGUCCGUCGAUACGGUCCUCGCGACGGUCUCCGGGGAUCUGUUUGUUGGCGAAAAACCAAUCCAGACUCCCAAGGAAAAAGGCCGAGGCCCGGGAAUUUCCCGUUGCAAUUCUGGUUUCCAGUUCCAGGGGGAAAAAGUUUCGCAGGGCUGUAUUCUCCACCCCUCAAGCCCACGCUUUCUUGUUUCUUAAUAACAGCGUCGUUGAGAUCCAUUGUAAAAUUCACCUUUUAAGAGUGAAUAAUUCAGUGCACAGAGUUGUGCAGCCUUUGCCACUAAUUGCAGAACGUUUUCAGCACCCGAGGAGAAGAAAUUCCAAUCCCAUUAGGCCGUCAUUCCCCGGUCCCCACCCUGUUCCUACCCCCAGCCCCUGGCAAUCACUUUUGUCUCCAUGGAUUUGCCUAUUCUGGACAUUUCGUGUGGAUAGAAUCAUCCCAAGUUUUUCGUGUGUCUGGCUUCUUUCCUUCUUUAUGGCUGAAUAAAAAUCCAUGAUAUGAAUACACAGCAUUUUGAUUUUCCAUCCAUUGAUGGCUAUUUGGGUCAUUUCCACCUUUUGGCUGUUAUGAAUAAUACUGGUAUGAACAUUGGUGUACACGUUUUUGUGCGGACAUUUGUUUUCAAUUCUCAUAGGUGUAUACCAAGGACUGGAAUUGCUGGGCCAAGCUUUGUGUUUUAAGGAAAAUAAAAAAUCGUGUUUUAGUUUCGUGCUGGUAAUUUGAAGUAAGCAGAUGUCUAGAUAUAAGCUUGGAAACUGUCCAGUUGGAGAUUGCUCACGGCUGCAAUUGAAGACUCCAGCAGCCUUUUCUCCUCUUUGCUUCCAUUUGGAGAGGAAGGCAUUAUAGGCUGUGUGACUUCCGUGGACGCGGGGCUUGGCACCAGCCUGCAGUUGGGAUCAAUCUUCAGUGGCGAUUUGGAGUGGGUCACGGUUCUUCCUGCCUGUCUGCCUGUUUGGUCCCUGACGUCUGCUCCCCAGGGCCCUGGCUCUUCCCCCACGCCUUCAGCCUGCACAGUCCCUUCUCUCAUUCUCAGGCUGCGGAACCUGGAAGUACAGUUUUCCCCCCUUACCCGCUGUUUCAGUUACCGGAGGUCAACCGUGGUCUGAAAAUAUUACAUGGAAAAUUCCAGAAAUAAACAAUUUAUAAGUUUUAAAUUGCACGCUGUGAUGAAAUCUCGCGCUGUGCAGCCUGGCAGUGAAUCGUCCCCUUUGUUCAGCGUCCCCACGCUGUGGGCGCUCCGCACCCAUAGUCACUUAGUAGCUGGCUCAGUUAUCAGAUCGACCGUCACAGUGUCCCAGUGUAUGUGUUCAAGUCACCCUUAUUUUCCGUCAUAAUGGCCCCAAAGCACAAGAGUAGUGAUGCUGGGAAUUUGGAUAGGCCAAAGAGAAGCCGUAAAGUGCUUCCUCUAAGUGAAAAGGUGAAAGUUCUCGACUUAAUCAGGAAAGAAAAAAAAUCCUAUGCUGAGGUUGCUAAGAUCUACGGGAAGAAUGAAUCUUCCAUCCGUGAAAUUGUGAAGAAGGAAAAAGAGAUUCGUGCUAGUUUUGCUGUCUCACCUCCAACUGCUAAAGUGACGGCCACGGUGCGUGAUAAGUGCUUAGUUAAGAUGGAACAGGCACUGCAUUUGUGGGUGGAAGAGAUGAACAGAAAACGUGUUCCCAUUGACAGCAACGUGUUGCGCCAGAAAGCCUUGAGCCUAUACCAAGACUUCAGCAAGGGAUGCUCUGAAACUGACACCAAGCCAUUUACUGCGAGUAAGGGAUGGUUACACAGAUUCAGGCAUAGAUUCUCACAUCACUACAAGAAGAAGAAGAAGGGGAUCAUGGCCCAGGUAGCAGUGUCCACCCUGCCCGUUGAAGAAGAGUCCUCCUCAGAGAGCAGGAUGGUGGUGACAUUCCUCGUGUCUGCCCUCGAGUCCAUGUGUAAAGAACUGGCCAAGUCCAAGGCAGAAGUGGCCUGCAUCGCAGUGUACGAAACAGACGUGUUUGUCGUCGGAACCGAGAGAGGAUGCGCUUUUGUUAAUGCCAGGACGGAUUUUCAGAAAGAUUUUGCAAAAUACUGCGUUGCAGAGGGGCUACGUGAGGUGAAACCUCCCUGCCCUGUGAACGGGAUGCAGGUCCACUCCGGAGAAACGGAAAUACUCAGGAAGGCAGUGGAGGACUAUUUCUGCUUUUGUUAUGGUAAAGCCUUAGGGAUGACGGUGAUGGUGCCUGUUCCCUAUGAGAAGAUGCUGCGAGACCAGUCAGCUGUGGCAGUGCAGGGGCUUCCGGAAGGCGUUGCCUUUCAACACCCUGAGAACUACAACCUUGAAACCCUGAAAUGGAUUUUGGAGAACAAAGCAGGGAUUUCAUUCAUCAUAAAUAGACCCUUCCUCGGACCAGAGAGUCAGCUGGGUGGCCCUGGGAUGGUAACAGAUGCUGAGAGAUCCAUCGUAUCACCAAAUGAAAGCUGCGGCCCCAUCAGUGUGAAAACUGAACCCAUGGAAGAUUCUGGCAUUUCACUGAAAGCAGAAGCUGUCGCAGUCAAGAAAGAAUCAGAAGAUCCUAAUUACUAUCACUAUAAUAUGCAAGGAAGCCACCCUUCUUCCACAAGCAAUGAAGUAAUAGAAAUGGAAUUACCAAUGGAAGAUUCCACUCCUCUGGUGCCUUCAGAAGAACCAAAUGAGGACCCUGAAGCCGAGGUGAAAAUCGAAGGAAACACAAAUUCAUCCAGUGUUACUACAAACUCUGCAGCAGGUGUUGAAGAUCUUAACAUCGUUCAAGUGACUGUUCCAGAUAAUGAGAAGGAAAGAUUAUCAAGCAUUGAAAAGAUUAAACAGCUAAGAGAACAAGUUAAUGACCUCUUUAGCCGAAAAUUUGGUGAAGCAAUUGGCGUGGAUUUCCCUGUGAAAGUUCCCUACAGGAAGAUCACAUUCAACCCUGGCUGUGUGGUGAUUGACGGCAUGCCCCCGGGGGUGGUAUUCAAGGCCCCCGGCUACCUGGAAAUCAGUUCCAUGAGGAGGAUCUUGGAGGCAGCUGAGUUUAUCAAAUUCACAGUCAUCAGGCCGCUUCCAGGGCUUGAGCUCAGUAAUGUGGGAAAACGAAAGAUAGACCAAGAGGGCCGUGUGUUUCAAGAAAAGUGGGAGAGAGCGUAUUUCUUCGUGGAAGUACAGAAUAUUCCAACAUGUCUCAUAUGCAAACAAAGCAUGUCUGUGUCCAAAGAAUAUAACCUAAGACGCCACUAUCAAACCAACCACAGCAAGCACUACGACCAGUAUACGGAAAGAAUGCGUGAUGAGAAGCUUCACGAGCUGAAAAAAGGGCUCAGAAAGUAUCUCUUAGGCUCGUCAGACACCGAGUGUCCCGAGCAAAAACAAGUGUUGGCAAACGCAAGUCCAACCCAGAAAUCCCCUGUGCAGCCUGUGGAGGACCUGGCUGGGAACUUAUGGGAGAAGUUACGUGAAAAAAUCAGGUCUUUUGUGGCAUAUUCUAUCGCAAUCGAUGAGAUCACGGAUAUAAAUAAUACCACCCAGUUGGCCAUUUUCAUCCGCGGCGUCGAUGAGAACUUCGAUGUGUCCGAAGAACUUCUGGACACAGUGCCCAUGACGGGUACAAAAUCUGGAAACGAGAUCUUUUCGCGUGUUGAGAAGAGUCUGAAAAAGUUCUGUAUCGACUGGUCGAAAUUAGUAAGCGUGGCCUCCACUGGCACCCCGGCGAUGGUGGAUGCCAAUAACGGGCUUGUCACAAAACUGAAGAGCAGGGUGGCCACGUUCUGCAAGGGUGCGGAACUGAAGUCCCUCUGUUGUAUAAUUCAUCCGGAAUCACUCUGUGCUCAGAAGCUGAAGAUGGACCACGUCAUGGACGUGGUAGUGAACUCCGUGAACUGGAUAUGCUCCCGGGGACUGAACCACAGCGAGUUCACAACCUUGCUCUAUGAGCUGGACAGCCAAUAUGGUAGCCUCCUGUACUACACGGAGAUUAAGUGGCUCAGUCGCGGGCUGGUGCUAAAGAGAUUUUUUGAAUCGUUGGAAGAAAUCGACUCCUUCAUGUCGUCCAGAGGCAAACCCCUGCCUCAACUGAGCUCCAUAGAUUGGAUCCGAGACCUGGCCUUCUUGGUUGACAUGACGAUGCACCUGAACACUUUGAACAUCUCUCUCCAAGGGCACUCCCAAAUCGUCACGCAGAUGUAUGACUUGAUCCGGGCGUUCCUAGCAAAACUGUGCCUCUGGGAGACUCAUUUGGCGAGGAAUAAUUUGGCCCACUUUCCCACCCUGAAAUCAGUUUCCAGAAAUGAAAGCGAUGGCCUGAACUACAUUCCUAAAAUCGCGGAACUCAAGGCCGAAUUCCAGAAAAGGCUGUCCGAUUUCAAACUCUACGAAAGCGAACUGGCUGUGUUCAGCUCCCCGUUCUCCAUGAAGAUAGACAGUGUGCACGAGGAGCUCCAGAUGGAGGUGAUCGACCUGCAAUGUAACACGGUCCUGAAGACGAAAUACGACAAGGUGGGAAUACCAGAAUUCUACAAGUACCUCUGGGGCAGCUACCCUAAAUACAAGCACCACUGCGCAAAGGUUCUCUCCAUGUUCGGGAGCACCUACAUCUGCGAGCAGCUCUUCUCCAUUAUGAAACUGAGCAAAACAAAAUACUGCUCCCAGUUAAAGGAUUCCCAGUGGGACUCUGUACUGCACAUCGCAACGUGAUAGAGAGAAAACUCCUGGCAGGACCCUAUGGUGGGAAGGGCUGGAGUCUUCUAGGCCCAAAGGAGAUGACAAAAUGAAUUAUUUUUUUCUUUUUUGAGACGGCGUCUUGCUCUGUCGCCCAGGCUGGAGUGCAGUGGCACAAUCUCGGCUCACUGCAACCUCUAGCUCCUGGGUUCGAACGAUUUUCCUGCCUCAGCCUCCCGAGUAACUGGGACUACAGGCAUUCGCCAUCAGGCCCGGCUAAUUUUUGUAUUAGUAGAGACGGGGUUUCACCAUGUUGGCCAGGCUGGUCUCGAACUCCUGACCUCAGGUGAUCCACCCGCCUUGAUCUCACAAAGUGCUGGGAUUACAGGCAUGAACCACUGUGCCCAGCCGACAAAAUGAAUUCUUAAACUUUUUUUUUUCAGUUUUUUUCCACUUUGAAUCAGAAAUAUAAUCUGCAGUAUCAUACUUGUUUAUAUGACAUUGUAUGCCUCACUACUCAGUAAAAAUCAAGAAAGUUUUAUUGU